AUGCAGUCUUCAGACCUCAUGUCGGGGACGUCAGAGAUCGGAUCCCUGAUCGCCCACUCCAAUGAUGAGAGUCAGUUCGUCGGGAGCUCCAGCGGAGUCUUCUUCAUCAACACGGUCCGCCAGGCCUUCGCCAAGAGCCUUGGGCCUGCUGGGAGCAACAGUUCAUCGGCACCCGCGUUCCCAGCGGCUGAGGAUACCAUCGUCGGGACGGUAGACUCACCCAGCGAGAAGCAUCAUGCUGCGAAAGACAGAAAUGUCAAUGCAGCGGCCGAGGAUGCUUCGGCGCCUCGGGGGUGGAAAUACAAUCCCGCCAUCGCCAGGGUGCUUGGAAAAGCGCCUGACCUCCACCAUGCCCGGGAGUUGAUGAUGAUGUACUUCAAAGUCUGGCAUCCGCUGUUUCCCUUUCUCCAUGGCCCGUCGUUCCUCCGGGAGAUGGAAGCAUUCUACACUGAGAAGGAUGAUGAAGAGUCAGCACCAUCGCGGGCAUCAUCAGAACACAAGAGUUCCUGCUGGACGACCAUCUUCCAAUGCGUGUUCAACCUCGCCAGUUUCGUGCAGCCGGAUCUGCAUCUUCCGCAGGAAUCAAAGAUCCAGUCCCCAGGGAACGUGCAUUCGCUGCUGGGCAUGCUUCUCUACCGACACGACAUUUUGUCGCUACAGGCCCUCCUGGCCACCCAAUUGUACCUGGUGGCCACCAUGUCCCUUCGAAGUGCAUCCCUUGUCGGCGGCUGCAUCCUGAGAUCCAUGCUGCAUGCCGGUCUCCAUCGCUGUCCGUUUCGCUUCAAGGAGCUGUCGUCGCAUGACCGCCAGCUGCGGAAACGCAUCUUCUGGUGUGCGUAUGCGAUUGAUCGAUACCUGAGCCAGGCGCUGGGUCUGCCCCUUGGCAUUCAGGAUUCCGAUCUCGACGUUUGCCUUCCUGGGACACCAGAGCGCCAUGCCCCUGUAGCGCAUGGCUAUAAUAAGCCGGCGUCACCGCGUGGCACGCCAGAAGGAGGGUCCGUUUCUCGAUCUUCGACGGACUGGUCCGCGGAGAAUGAAAACACAAGCGCCAAUGAUGAUGGUCGGCGAGAUGAUAAUGAAAGAACCCAGAAUUCGUGUCAGGAGCAGCUCAACCGCGAGGCGACGCUGGCCAGUUAUGUGAUAUACGGCAAGUUGACCGGUCGCGCUCUGGAGCUCUUCCACAAGUCGAUUCAGAUCCGCACCGUGCGACGAAGCUCGGUGCUGUAUCUCGUCUCGGAUGUGCACCGGUGGUGGAACAGCCUUCCGCCGAACCUGCAGGGGUCUUCUGGCCGGGAGGCGUCCCAUCCCCAGGACGACGAAUCGUUUGACCUACGGCCGUUUUUCUCGGUUCUGUACGAGCAUCUCAUCCUGCUGAUCAACCGGCCGUGUCUGUCGCUGGACCCGUCCUCUCCGGACUUUUGCUCGGGCUUACAGACGUGCAUCGGCGCAGCGAGGGGGAUUCUGUCGGCGUUGAAGGCUCAGGUUGAGAAGCGGCAGGCUCUGUUCUGGCCGGGGUUGUUGUCGGCGGCGUACAUGGCGGGGCUGGUGAUAGCGUUUGCGUGCCAGCUGCGGCAGUAUGUUCUGUUCAAGGGGUGUCAAGAGAUUGGCGAAUGUCUCGAGAUCCUACGGAUUAUGUCCAGCCAGUGGGAGACGGCGAAGCACUGCCACAGCGCGCUUUCUUUUCUGCUGUUGAACAUCCAGCGGCAGAGCGGGCAGCGCGAGAGCGAGAGCUAUCUGCCGUUUGACUUUGACAGCGAGACGAAUGCAAACUCUGUGAAUCGACAGACGGGGCAGGAUGAAUCGGCGCUUGGCGGCAGAUGGAAAAGAAAGCUGGACUCGGAGGAAGCGGAGAACGCAGCAGUGCGACGAAGACGGUCUGCGGUGUCGGUGCCGUCUGGCAGUGGCAGUGGCAGUGGCAGCAACAACA